CCGCCGGCGUCACGUGAGGGGGGCGCGCGCCGGCGUCACGUGAGGCGGCGGCCGGGACGCAGCGGGCUGCGGGGCGGUGCACGGCGGCGGCCGACAUGGACCAGGCCGGGAAGGAGAAGGAGGCGCUGCAGCUGCUGGCCGAGGCCGACAAGAAGGUGCGCGGCUCCCAGUCCUUCUUCGCCGGGCUCUUCGGGGGCUCCUCCAGGAUAGAGGAAGCAUGCGACAUCUACACGCGGGCGGCAAACAUGUUCAAAAUGGCCAAAAACUGGAGCGCCGCAGGGAAUGCCUUCUGCCAGGCGGCGCAGCUCCACCUCCAACUGCAGAGCAAGCACGACGCGGCCACCAACUUCGUGGACGCGGGCAACGCCUUCAAGAAAGCCGACCCGCAAGAGGCCAUUAACUGUCUGAUCAGAGCUAUCGAGAUCUACACGGACAUGGGUCGGUUCACCAUAGCCGCGAAACACCACAUAUCGAUAGCGGAAAUCUAUGAGACGGAGCUGGUGGAUAUCGAAAAGGCGAUAGCCCACUACGAGCAGGCUGCAGAUUACUACAAGGGGGAAGAGUCCAACAGCUCUGCUAACAAGUGCUUGCUGAAAGUGGCCACUUACGCGGCUCAGCUGGAGCAGUACCAGAAAGCCGUGGAGAUCUACGAGCAGGUGGGCACCAGCGCCAUGGACAGUCCCCUGCUGAAGUACAGCGCCAAGGAGUACUUCUUCAAGGCGGCCCUCUGCCACUUCUGUAUCGACAUGCUCAACGCAAAGCUGGCUGUGCAGAAAUACGAAGAGAUGUUCCCGGCUUUCACGGAUUCCAGGGAGUGCAAGUUGGUCAAAAAACUGCUGGACGCUCACGAGGAACAGAACAUAGACGGCUACACUGAUGCAGUAAAGGAAUACGAUUCCAUCUCUCGGCUGGACCAGUGGCUCACCACCAUGCUGCUCCGCAUCAAGAAAACCAUCCAGGGCGAAGAGGAGGACUUGCGUUAAGUGGCGGCCUGCCCCUUCCUUCCCGGUGAAAGGCAAUUCCCAACGCAGACUCUGCGGGGGGGUCUGGGAGGGUGGGGAGGGCGAGGUCUGGAGGGAGAAGGAGUUGGACUUCAAAUAGCAUUAGCCUUUCUCGUGGCCCUUUUCCCCGCAACCCAAAGAGCAGAGCCGUUGGUCGAGGGCUGGGCUUAGACAUCGCUUCCCAGCUCAGCUGUUCUAGAGAAAAGGUAUCGAGGUGGCCCCUUUUCUGCUCUUCAGCGUUGCCCCAACCUGCCUCCAGCUCCUGCCCGGAGGGCCUGGCUUUAACCCUUCCCUCACUGUAAAUGAACAUUUCUCCAGAUAUUUAAUUGUAUAAUAUAUUCCAUGUAAGUUGAGAUUUUAAGCCUGCGAAGUAGCCCUCGUUAGCUCGCCUUUUCCCAGUUUUGGCUAGAUAAAGCAGGGACUCCUGCCCCGGCCUCUCCCGCCGCUUCGGUCCGAGCAGUCUCCGCGCUCCUCCGCUCUCGCAGCGCACCGAGGCCUGGGAGCCGCCUCUCCCGCGCGGGGAGCCCACGCCAGCCUCGCUGCUUCCCUGCUUGUUUCGGAGAGGAGCGCUCUUAAAAGUGCUGCCGGCCGCGGCCGUGUCCCGUAGCAGCCUCCUUCCCUGAACCAGCGGCUCCCUGCGAGCUGCUCUCGUUCCUUCCUUCUGGGGCUUUUGGUUCCCUUUUUAAGCAGCGUUGGGAGGGGAGCGACUUCAGUGGGUGGCUCGAAGCCCCGUCCCUCCCCGCUGCCACGGGGGAGCCCAAAGAGGAGGAAGAUGAAGGGGUUUUUUUUCCCCUUCCUGCACUGGGGCAGCUCAGACCUAGCACGGGGCCCGGGGGAGGCGGGAGCCCUGGCUCUGGGGGACCUGCUGCUGUUCCGGGUCGGGCGGCUUCCGCACGGGAUUGUGCACAAGAUCUCGGCUUCCAAAAAGGUUUUAGGUUUUCCUCCCUCUUUGCCGUGAAUGCGCGGUGGGGCAGGGCUCCCCCGCGGCCCUCCCCGCUUCCAGGCAGGUUCCGCUGGAGGAGGAGGAGGAGGAGGAGGAGGAGGAGGAGGGAGGUGCUGCCGCAUGUUUUACCGUCGCCCACGCCACUCGCGCUGCCUGUAGCGAACAAUUGCACCCGGCCAAUAAAACUUUGCAUGAGCGGAA